UAACGAUUCAGCGCGUUUAACAUGGUUUUGGUGGUCCAUCCAUUCCAAAAACAAGCAUGUGUUCUUUUUAUUUCAAUCGCGUUUGUUACUCUCUACAUAUCACGCAAACAAAAUAUCAAUAAUAACUCUUUCAAAGCCCUCUAUAACUUAACCAACUCCUCCAAUACUGACAUAGACGAAUACCUUAAACUCUUAGAGUUAAAUAACACAGACAAAUUCGAUGAUUUCUUCUCAGAAAACCUUACAAACCAUUUUAUAACAAUUUAUGGCAACGAAUCCACAGGAAAUAACUCAAACGUGUUGUACAUCCUGGGUUUAUUCGAGUUAACUACAAAGUACGGACCAAGAAAGGAAGGUUCAAGUGAGGUCCAAUCUGCUCAACUAGCUGUCCAACAUUGUGAUCCUGGAGUGGGUAUAGACAGGUUUUUUCAUGCCUUAUACUCCAAGAAAAAAAUCCUGAUGCUUCUAGGUACCGGGUGUUCCAAUGUAACCGAAAGCUUGGCGCAUGUAAUGCCUUAUUGGAACAUCCUCCAGGUAUCAUUUGGUUCCACAUCACCUUCAUUAAGUGAUAGAACAAAAUUCCCGUUAUUCUUCAGAACUGUAGCACCAGAUUCAUCAUAUACCCAAGCCAAAAUUCACUUCAUUAAAAAAAUUGGUUGGAAAGUUGUAGCAACUUUCAGUCAAAGCGAAAAUGCUUAUUUACUUCCUUUGAACCAUUUGGUAACAGAGCUAGAAAAGGUUAACGUUACGUGUAUAUCAACUGUAACUUUUUCCCUUGAUAACUACAAGGAGCAACUGAAAGUUGUCAAGGAACAUGAUAUCCGUAUUAUAUUUGCGAGUUUUUCAACGGAAAUGUCUGCCAAAAUAUUUUGUGCUAUAUAUGAGAUGAAUAUGUUUGGUCAUGAAUACGUAUGGAUUCUACAGGAUAGAAAUGAAGUUUGGUGGAGAAGUAAUCAAGAAUGUUCUCAAGUUUAUUUAGAAAAAGCUACUGAAGGAAUAAUUAUUGUAUCUGAUUUUUCAAACAUGUAUCAAAAUGAGUACGCUAUUUCAGGAUUGAAUGAAGUAUUAUUUAAAGAAUCUCUUAAUGUGACCAGUCAUAUAUCAAAAUAUGCCAAACAAACUUACGAUGCCAUCUGGGCGAUGGCUCUUUCACUACGAAAAUAUCAGGAAUACUCCUAUUUGGAUGUUCUAAAUAAGUUCCAUUACAAACGAAAGGAUAUGGUGAGAGUAUAUCUCCUGUCAGCAGGUUGCUCUCUAACGUUUGGUUCCAUGUUUGCCAAAACUUACAGAGUUCAUAGACUUUUCACCUACAUCGGGGCUGGUUUGGUGAAAGACAAACUCCUUAAGGACAAGAAACUGAUAGCUUUAAUUUUCAUACCAUUAAUAAUAGAUGGUAUAAUUUUAAGCCUAUGGUCGUUGGUUGAUCCAAUGCACAGAAAUUUAUACAAUCUUACGUUACAAAUAAGCCAAGAGGAUUCAGGGGUAGUGUAUCAACCACAAGUUGAAAUUUGCAAAUCCCAAAACACAUACGGCUGGUACAUAGCCUUGUACGGCUACAAAGCCCUUUUCCUCGUCAUGGGUGUUUUCAUGGCUUGGGAAACAAGACAUGUUAAAAUACCAAGCUUGAACGAUUCCCAGUACAUAGGAAUAUGCGUAUAUAGCGCUGUCUUCAGUGCCAUCAUAGUGGUUCUAUCUAGCUUCAUAUCUGAAUAUGUAGUAUUCAGUUACAUAGCAAGAAGUGUUAGUAUAUUAACUUCAACAACGGUCACCUUAUUUUUGCUGUUCCUACCCAAGUUGAAGAGUGUUUUCGGCACUAUGGACUCUGUGGACCCUAUAAUGCAAAGCAUGGGGUUAAAAAUGGAGUCCAACACCAGAAGAUUCAUAACCAACGAUCCCAACGAGAUCAUAUCAAGAUUGGAGAUACAAAAUAAAGUCUACCGCUACGAAUUGGAGGCGUUAGAUAAGGAGAUAGCAGCACUGGAAGAGCGAAUUAACUGUCUCAAUUCUUACUCCACCAUUAACAUCGAUUUAUCCGAUAGUAAAGCUCAAUGUUACUACCUCAAAGUGCCAUCUCCUAACGUGGCAAGAGCUUCCUGGCCAAAUACCAGAGGACAGCUCAGCAUACACAAGUCAGGAUUUCAUUCUGAUGUCAAACUGAAUAAAGAUAGUUUUUUCGAUAGGUUGAACAUAUUUGGCAGAUUGAAGCAUAUAUUUGGGAGUAGUAGCAGCUCUUUGGAGCUUAAUGAACCUCAAUUAGAACAGUUUGAGAGGUCUCAUGUGGUUGAUUAUAAUUUACAGAAGGCUCUAUCGGAAAAUAACAUCCACAUAUAA